AUGCCGAAAUUCUAAAAGUAUUUAAGACAUAUCGAUAUGCUCGUUACUCCUUAUGAGUUUAAUGUAACAAAGAGAUAGAAAUCACUAACAAAACUAGGUGGUUUUUUUUCAAUUGCAAUUUUAGCACUAAUGAUUGUGUAUACAAUAAGCAUCUUUAUCUCUUCAAUUUCAAAAUCCGGAUCAAUUUAUGCAGGAACAUAAACAUCCAGUGAUUUUUAAUAUUUAGAUCAGAACACUUCUCGUUUUCUAUUACAGUUAUCCUAUUCCUAAAGCGGAGAAAUCAUUAAUUACGAUUAAGAAUUUCAAACGUAUGUGACUGAUAUAAAUCAUAGAUAUUUGUAAUUUAAAGUUGAAUACAUUAAUCAAGUAAGGCCGUAAAAUACAUCCCUAUAUAAAAGAGAGAUAAAUAGGCUUAACAUUUCAUAAUGUUCCUCAGACGUCAUUGAUGAAUUUAAAUUCAAUACACAAUCCAUAUCUGAGGAUUGGAAACAUAAGUUCGUAUGUUUCAAUGGAGGCUACAAAUUAUCUGGUUCAUUCUUUGAUCCAACAUACAACUAUUUAAAAGUUUCAGUCCUUAAGUGCAGUAAUUCUACGGAUUGCAAAUCUAUUGAUGAGAUUGAAAGAUUGUUAAACAAGGGUUUUCGUAGCAUUAAUGUUAAUAUUUUCAUUUAGGAUUCUAAAAUCAAAUAGACCUUAAAUAUGACACAACCUUCUGAAGAAAGUGCUUAUAUUGUAUUUUGGAGAUUAAAUGUAGGAAUAGCAAAUGGAGAAGACAUAUUUCUAUAACCAAUCCUAAUUGACUUGAUUAAUAGUAAAAACGUGUUUAGUUCCUUAAUAAAUAAUGAAGAAGCAAGAACUCGAAUCUUUAGAUCUUCUAAGGUUGAGAAGUAAGAGAGAAGACAAUAUCCCAUGACACUGAACACAACAGAUGAAUUAUGUGCCUUCUAUCUAAGGACUUCUUCGGACUCCUAAUAUUUCUUUGCCUCAAAAACGGAACCUUUUAGUGUGUUCCUUGAUGCUGUGUCUUAGGCUUCAGGAUUAACUGUGGCAAUCUUAGGAUUCGCAAAGAUUCUUUAUAAGAUAUAUAUAGCUCAUGAAACUUAUGUGAAGGUCAUGAAUUAGGUGUUUAAAUUUGAUUUUAGGGAUAAUGCUGUUGUAAAGGACAACGAUGGCUUUGAGUCAAGUGGAAAAACAGAUAAGAGGAAAGGUUUAGAUUAAUUGUAUUCAAAUUAGUUAGAUUAUUCAUUUUUAACCUAUCUUCAAAUUGAAUUAAGUAAGAUUUUGGGUGAUAUGUGUUUAUUCAAAUAUUGUUGCAAAAAGCAUUACGACAAGAAAACUGUUAUGGCUUAAAUAGCAAAGUCUAAGAUUAUGUCAGAUCUGGAAUUAUCCAAUAUUGUGAAGAAGUUGUAUGAAAUUGAUUCAUUGAAAUUGUUUCUGUUUGAUGAUGCCUAACUGAAACUAUUCAAUAGUUUCUCUGAACCUGUGAUUUAUAAAAAAAUUACAGACCAUAAAGAUGUAUUGAAGAAAAUCAAUAAAGACUAUCAGAGGUAAAUAAUGAAAGGAUCUUUCAUAGAAAAAUAUCAGUUUAAAAAUCAGGUGUCUGGACCAAUGGAUGCAUUCUCAUCGAAAAUUCCGAUUGAGUUGCAAUUGUCUAAAAUUUCUCGUUUCUUUAAGGCCUAAAUUAAAGCAUAAAGCGGGGAAGAAUUGUUAGAAGCCUAUUCGAAAAUAUAGUAAGGAGAAAACUAUAAUAAAAAGAUGAAUGAGUAAUUGCUCAAUUUUAUUCAAUACAAUACCAUUUUAUAUCAAAUGGUAGACUUAUCACAUAAAAAAUACUCAUUGAAAUCUAUAGAUAGAGAAGAUAUUAAAUUGAUAAAAGCAAAAUCUCAAUAUUCUAAGCUUCCUUAAAUGUCUCAAAAUUUAGAAAACUAUAUUAUUGAUGAAGGAAAGGAUUCUGUUUCUGCUAGUUCUCGGAAUUCAGAAAUUUCAAUUUAAAAAUACGGAUAUAUUAAUGCGAAUGGAGGUGACAGAUAGGUUGAAUAUGAUCCGAUCUAAGAGAAAGAGGGAAUUCAAUCCAAUGAAAUAGAUAAUUUGUCUAAAGAAAGAGGAUAAAAAAUUCGUUGA